CUUUCCCAUACUUUUUCUUCUUGCAAUUUGCAAAGUCCCCUGCUAACCCAACCCCCUCGCGUCCGGUCCGGUUGUCGGAGUGUUGUUGAACCACCUUCUCUGUUCAUUUCUCUUCGGUGGCCGUCGGCGUCGGAGGUGCCGGAGAGGCCUCUGGCGGCGCCGGAGUCGGGAAAGUGUUGAUACGUGCUUUUAACGAGGUUAUUGCGACGAGGAGUUUAAGAGAGUGGGAGUGAAUCGAAACGGAGUGCAUGUUCCGACGGUGUUACUUCGUUGGAAUGAGUAAUAGGAGGAGGUGUUGCUGUGAAGUUCUUGGACGGAGUGAGUGAUCGAGGAAGGAAAUGGGGAGAGUAGUGGUGGGAGUGGCUGUGAGUGUUGCUGUGGUGGCGUGCAUAGUGGCGGCGGGAGUGGUUAGUCGGAGAGUGCAGAACAGAGGGAAAUGGAGGAGAGUAGUUAGGGUUUUGAAAGAGCUGGAGGAGGCUUGUGAGACUUCCGUGGGGAGGUUGAAGCAGGUGGUCGACGCCAUGGCUGUGGAGAUGCACGCUGGUUUGGCUUCGGAAGGAGGUUCCAAGCUCAAAAUGCUUCUUACCUUCGUUGAUAAUCUCCCUGAUGGGAAUGAGAUGGGGACCCACUAUGCCCUUGAUCUAGGGGGUACAAAUUUCAGGGUAUUGAGCAUUCAAUUAGAAGGUAAUAGAUCGUCGAUCCUUGAUCAUGAUGUGGAGCGGCUUCCUAUUCCCCAACAUUUAAUGACCAGCACAGGCAAUGAUCUCUUUGAUUUUAUUGCUUCGUCGUUGAAGGAAUUUAUUGAUAAAGGAAAUGAUUCUGAGGUUCUUCUAGGUGGGAGAAGGGACCUUGGUUUUACAUUCUCUUUUCCCACAAAACAAAAUUCCAUUUCGUCUGGCGUGUUAAUUAAGUGGACGAAAGGAUUUUCCAUUGGAGACAUGGUAGGGAAAGAUGUUGCCGAGUGCUUGGAACAAGCAAUGACAAGAAAAGGUCUCAACAUAAGAGUCACAGCACUUCAGAUAAAUGACACUGUGGGAACGUUAGCUCUUGGACAUUAUCACGAUGCUGAUACUGUUGCUGCAGUGAUAAUUGGAACUGGUACCAAUGCCUGUUAUUUGGAGCGGACAGAUGCUAUUAUUAAGUGUCAAGGACUUCUUACAACCUCUGGGUUCAUGGUUGUAAACAUGGAGUGGGGAAAUUUUUGGUCCUCUCAUUUACCUAGAACUUCCUAUGACAUUGAUUUGGAUUUUGACAGCCCCAAUCCAAAUGAUCAGGGUUUUGAGAAGAUGAUAUCGGGUAUGUAUUUGGGUGACGUUGUGAGAAGAGUGAUUCUUCGAAUGUCACAAGAAUCCGAUAUUUUCGGGUUUGGUUCAUCCAGGUUAUCGAUGCCUUUUGUGUUGACAACACCUCUAAUGGCUGAGAUGCACGAAGAUGAGUCUCUCGACUUAAGAGAUGUAGCAAGGAUCUUGAAUGACAUCUUGGGGAUUCCUGAAGUCUCUCUAAAAGCUCGAAAACUCAUUGUAAGAAUAUGUGAUGUGGUGACACGCCGAGCUGCUCGGUUGGUGGCUGCUGGCAUUCUGGGUAUCCUAAAAAAGAUGGGACGUGAUGGAACGGGAGGAAUUGCUGGAGCAAGAAGUAGAACAGAUGUGAAUAUCAAAAGAACGGUGGUGGCUGUUGAGGGCGGAUUAUAUACUAAUUACACCAUGUUCCGAGAGUACUUGCAUGAAGCUUUGAUUGAGAUAUUGGGAGAAGAAAUUGCCAAACAUAUAAUUCUUAAGGGAUAGAAAGAGAAAAAAGGAUAGAGGUGAGUGGUGGUUGGCAGUAGAUGAUGUGAAGUUGGUGAAAGAGAUGUUGGGGGAAGAAAAAGAGAGAAAAGUGGCGAUUGGUGACUUGCGACCAGAUAUGUGACGGUUGAUAAAAGGAAGCGACGGAGAGGUGGAGAGGUGGGUGGCAACAGAUGAUGUGGAGUAGUGCUUGGGGGAGAGGGUUUGUUGUGUGCAAAGAAGGUCAUGUUUUUUUUUUCCUCUUUAAAUCUAUGUACAUCAUUAUAAAGUAUUUCUACUCAAUCAAGUGCAUCAUGAUUAAGUUUAUCAACAAUAUAUCAAUCAAGUGUAUCAGGUAUAUCAGUUGAGU